GGUGCUAAAGCGUUGGGAUGCAUCAUGAAACGGAAAGUCGCAGAAAAUAAGGAGUGGGGAACUAGCUCAGAUGGUAGAGCGCUCGCUUCGCAUUAUGAGUCUGCGAGAGGUACUGGGUUCGAUACCCAG